UUUCCCGCGAACUUCAAUGACAAUCAGUACCAUUCCGACGCGACGCCGAUCCGCGUCUUGUGCGCAUCUUACUCGCUUCCGUCAGUCGUGCGCACGCGUGCGCGCGCGGUUCCUCUAAGUCUCUUCUUUUCGCGGCAAAUAUAAUAGAAGCGUGCAAGGGCGCGAAGGGACUGAGGGCUCACCAGACGUGAACUUUCUCCUCCAGCGAGUUUUCGUUUUUGGCCACACUCUUGCCAAAGUAUCGCACUCGCGCGAGGGGUUCAACGUUCCUGAAAUAGUGGGUGUGUCGGUUUCUUCGUGAAUUUUCUUUCUCUCUCUCACGCACUCGCGCGCGCGAUUGACGCGACGCAAUGGAGACGACGCGGGUUCCCGAAGAGGAGAACCUGUACCAGGUGUACAAUCACGAGAAAGCGACCGGCAACCUCGUUACUCUCGAUGCGCUGCUGGCGGACUUGCAGAACACCGUGUCGUCGGAAGGGAAUCACGUCGGCGGUAACGCGACACCCGGUUACGGAUCAUUGAAUGGCGCGCGCACUCACGUGACCACCGGGUAUAGAUCCUACGAUAAUCGAACCUCGCCGCUGCCGCCGCAAUCGCCUACUUAUCAGAACCGUGAGGCGAUAGAGGAAACCAUCGGUAAAACCGGAAGCGCGUCUUACACGCAGACCAGCGCCGGAGGAAAAAUGCCCUCCCUCAAUAACAAUCUGUCCGAGCUGGACACUCUUCUGCAAGAUCUGAGCAAUGCGCGCUAUAACGCUCAUUAUCAGGAAAGAGACAGCCGCGUAUCCACGACGGGAAUGAACGGGGGCGCGAUUAGUCCCAUGCUCCGCUCCCCAAGUAGUAUGUCAGCUUCUCGACCCACCGUCGACUCAUUGCUCGAGGAGCUAAGCACCGCCGUGCCUAAUGGAGACUACCCCGCCGAUGGAAAGGUGAGAGUCACCAUACAAGAAACAUCCACGGAGAUACAGCCGGUCUAUGACGGCUAUCCCUCCAGUCAGCAUGGAUCGCUGAAUCGCACCGAGGUUCAGAGGAGUUACUCUAACAAUCAUACCGCGAGUAACGCUACCAAGGAGCUGGACGAUCUAAUGGCUUCGCUUUCCGAGUUCAAGAUCAACAGCGGCACCCAUCAGCAUCAGACGGUGACCGACUCGCCGUACGCGAAGCCCAACAAGGCCACGAAGAGUUCGCAAAGCCCGUUACCCACCGUUGAGGGCACGCGCGUCCACAUCACCGAGACUCACACGACCCAUCAGUAUCUUCCGGGGGAGAGCCAAUCCCUCAAGCAGAACCAGUUGGAUUCUAUGCUUGGGAACCUCCAGGCCGACAUGAGCCGCCAAGGUGUUAACACGACUCAGAAGGGAUGCUGCAGCGCCUGCGAGAAACCCAUCGUGGGCCAGGUGAUAACCGCCCUGGGCAAAACGUGGCAUCCGGAACAUUUUACGUGCACUCAUUGCAAUCAGGAAUUGGGCACGAGGAACUUCUUCGAAAGAGAGGGCCAUCCCUACUGCGAAACAGAUUAUCACAACUUGUUCUCGCCCCGCUGCGCUUAUUGUAACGGGCCUAUUCUUGAUAAAUGCGUGACCGCCCUGGAAAAGACCUGGCACACCGAGCACUUCUUCUGCGCUCAAUGCGGCAAGCAGUUUGGCGAGGAGGGCUUCCACGAGCGGGACGGCAAACCGUAUUGCCGCGAGGACUACUUUGACAUGUUUGCGCCCAAAUGCGGUGGCUGCAAUCGUGCCAUCAUGGAGAACUAUAUAUCGGCGCUAAACAGCCAGUGGCAUCCAGACUGCUUCGUUUGCCGGGACUGCAAGAAGCCGGUCUCCGGAAAGUCCUUCUACGCGAUGGAGGGACAGCCGGUGUGCCCCAAGUGCGUCGGGGUGGACGAUGACGAAGAGGAAGAGGAGGAUUGCCGGCAGAAGUUCCAGGGGGGUUCCUUCUUCGAUCACGAGGGACUGCCCUAUUGCGAGACGCACUACCACGCCAAGAGGGGAUCCUUGUGCGCAGGAUGUCACAAGCCUAUCACUGGUCGCUGCAUAACGGCGAUGUUCCGCAAAUUCCAUCCCGAGCACUUCGUGUGCGCAUUCUGCCUGAAGCAGCUGAACAAGGGCACGUUCAAGGAGCAGAACGACAAGCCCUACUGCCACGGCUGCUUCGAGAAGCUCUUCGGAUAAAUAGCUCGUCUUCAUCUGAUUAUACACUUUGUAAUAUAUAAUUAACGAAAAACGCACAGGAACUUGUUUUGCCUGAAGAGUCCAUCGGAGACCUUCUACAUCUUAUUUUAUUAUAAAUUUUAACCGUUGAGCGGGGCGUAAAAUCGCGAAUGGGUGCGCAGCAAUUUCGAUUAUUCGAGAUCGGUGCAGGGAAAAAUCUGCAAGGUCUGUUCUAGGGCUGCACGAUCUAGGAGUCCGUUAUACGAGUUGUGUUAUCCUUUAAAGAUUAAUGAAAUGGGUGCUAUACACAGUGGUUCAUCGUUUAUUAACUUACGGGUAAGCGCGUGUAAUAGUAUAAGAGACACGCACGGUGCAUUCGAGUUUUUUCUACAACGACCGGAUCUUCGCCGCUAAUUAUCUCCCGGAUAAUGAUAGCUAGCUCUUCCGGCGCACGCACGGCGCGCGUUACAGGGGGUUUCGUAAUUUAUGAAGUAUUUAUGUAGGGUGAAAUAUACAUGUAGGUCGAGAGCGGUCGAUUCAACGAAUGCUAUACGCCCGCACGGCGUAAAGUAAGAACUUAUACACGCCCACUCUUCUUAUCACUCACGUAACGCCAUGCAAGGGAAAGAAGAUAAUCGAGGAGACUAUCGAAAGAGUUAUACGGAACGAGCGAUUUGCGUCAUUGUAUAGGAGGAGCGACGCCGCAGCGUUCACAGAGUGGGACAAAUAAAACGAGGGAUGAUCGCAAAAAGAAAUUAUAAAUGUUCGUCCCUUUAAAGAUUUAUUUGUCUGCUGUACAAUGACUAAGGUCGAGAAUUCAAUAUAUGUAUAAUAAUAAAUAUAUGUAUGUAUAUAUGUGUAUGUAUAUAUAAUAUUUGUACGCAUAUAUACAUAUACAUAUAAUUAUAUAAUUAAUUAUAUAUGCAAUAUUUUAUAUAUAUUAACAAUUACGCCUAUGUAUGUGUAAAAUUUCACCGGUUAGAUGCAGAAAAAUUUACAUUACAUCGUAACACAUACAUCAAAUAAAUAAAUGAAGGAAAAAACAAUUUGGUAGAGACACAGAUAUCAAUAGCACGUUAUGCGCAACAUACAGAUAGACCGCGCCGAUCGCGCAGGGAAUAACCGGUUCCACGAGAGACCUGCUAGGUACCUUACUAAUCAAUACACUAACGGCAUUGUAGCGUGUGUCGCGCUAUCAUUUGUAUGCAAGACUUCUCUCUGAAAUCAAUAAAACAGAAAG